CUCUUUGUCACGUGACAUGGGUGUAUAUUUGACAGGAAGCUACGUCGGCUGUGCUAGGAGGAACGUGGAAUUUUUUGAAAAUUUCUCCGAAAUUUAACGUUUGGUGCUUCCUGUAUCCCAACUUAGGCAAUCUAGAUCCUUUGGCUUCUCAUUUGUAUAAGGAAACUGUCAUUUAUCAUCAUCUAUAUGGUUUGAGGGUUGAAUCAAUGUGUUCGCACCGGCAAAGAUGAGUGAAGAGUCCAUAGCAAUAGCACUCUAUGACUACAAAGCACACGAAAAGGAGGAACUGUCGAUAAAAAAAAAUGACAAGCUAGUGAUUGUCGAUGAUUCCCAGACAUGGUGGAAGGUGAGGAAUGACCAAAACGUGGAGGGAUAUGUGCCCUCUAACUACGUGGGUCGUAAGGACGCCAUGAAAAAGACGAAAAUUAAGCAGUUCUUUAAAAAGGACAAGAAGAAGAGUUCGUCAGAUACUAACGGCUACGAUAACGACUCUAACCAGUACUGCACGCCCGAGUCAGUCAUGACUCCACAGAAGACAUUGUGUAUUGUCAAAGCCAAGUUCAGUUAUCAGCCUAUACAUGUUGAUGAGCUUCAGCUGACUAAGGGAGACCUUAUUCAUGUGUUAGAAAAAGAAGGCGAUGGAUGGUGGAAGGGGUUUAUUGGAACACGGCAGGGCUGGUUCCCAUCAAACUACGCUGAGGACCAAAUAACUGAACUGGAAAGUGUACCACUACUCAAGGUUAUAACUCUCUAUCAGUUUCAGUCUCCUAAUUCUGAAGAGUUGAAUUUUGAAAAAGGUGAAGUUUUGGACGUUAUUAAGCAACCUGAUGGAGACCCUGAUUGGUGGUUUGCAAAGAAGCAGGAUGGGUCUAAAGGUCUGGUGCCUAAAAACUAUGUGAAACCAGUUUCAGACGAACAGCCAACAACACCCACACAGCGUAGGUUCCCUAAUGAAAUUUCCGACAAGAUCCCAGUGCCGCAGACUGAGACUUCACUCUCAUUUGAACGGAAAAUUCUGCCGUCUCAUCAGGGGCUACCAUUUGUUAAUCAGGAAUGGUUCUGGGGGAGAAUUUCAAGAAGACAGGGCGAACAGCUUCUCUUGAACCAUGGAACUGAUGGAGAUUUCUUGGUCAGGGAAAGUGAAACAACGAGUGGUGAUUAUUCCAUUUCACUGAAAGCCCCGGACAGAAUCAAACACUUCAGAGUUCAAUCUCAGGAUACAAGUGGCUUCAAGAUAGGACAGCGCACCUUUAUCACAAUGGACUUGCUAAUCGAACACUACAAGAAAUCUCCAAUAUUCACCAAUGAAAAAGAAGAAAAAAUCUAUCUGAUUAAACCUGUUGACUUAUGAUCACUGAUACAUGGAAUCACAACAAAAUGAAUACCAUAAUCAUGCACAAUAGUCGCGUGUAAGUAGAAAAUCCUAUGAAGGAACUUGUUUUAUUUUACAUUAAUUCCUUUACAUUAGUAGCCCCCCUUGUAAGUUCAUCUGUUUACUGUACUUCACAUUUAUCAAAAGAGAUUAAUUUAGAGGGGGCUUGUUUUGAAUACAUAAGUUUUAUACAGUAUUUUAUCAAAAUUCCAGUUUGUGUAUAAUAUUUUAUUAUUUACUGUAAAAUAGCUUAGAUUAUAAAACCUGUGACAUGAUAACUUGAGUUAGAAGACUUAAAGCUGCAUUGUCACCAGUUUACUUCUGAAGGGCCGACGGAAAUCUCAACCAACUAGAGAUAAAUGAAUCUAUGCUAUUUAACAGGCCAUCCGCUCUAAAUUAUCAUUCACAUCCUCAAAGAAAUAAGUAGACACACUGCUUUUGCAAUUUUAAAAUAUUUUUCAUGUUUUCUGAUAAAAAUCAUCAGAGAUUGUUAUGUAAUCGACUGGAAGUAAACUGGUGACAAUGUGGCUUUUAUUGCAUUAUGGCAGAAACAGUUCUUUGGAUAGAAUUGUCACCCCUAUGCCUUCUAUAGACCUGCCGUUCAUAAGUUAAAGCUUAUGACUCACAUGGGGAAAUUCUUAUCCAAAUCUCUCAUGCAAAUUUCAGUAAACCCACUUGAAUUACUUAGUAAUUUAAUCUAUCCGACAGUAAAAGUGACUCUUGUAGAUAACUAUAUUUCCAAAAUGGUUCCUGGGUAUGACUUGCCUGAUGUUAUGUUAUCCUAGUUUUUUUUUUGUGUGUGUGAUAUUUUAAACUAAUAGAAAAUAUGACCUUGUAUAGUCAGAAUUUUCAUGGAUAGAUGUUAAAUAGCACAACAAUAUCCAUUUUUAUUCUUCUCAAUGAUAGAUCUUCAAGCAGAUUUAGUUCGCUACUAAAGAGUGCAUCUCAUUUUAUUUUUUUUGGGGGGAGGGGGGGGGGGGAGUAUUACCUUGUUUUUGUAACACAAGCUGGGACAAAUCAAACCAGCUAUUUGCCUGGACAACCAUAAUGGUAAUAUCAUAUGAUAUCAUUUAUCUAUAAAGCAUGUCCUUAAAGUCACAAGUAGCCCAAGCUCACUAUAUGUCUUAAUUUAGUAUAUACAAUUAAUACUAAACGAAGACUUAGUGAGCUUGGGCUACCUGUGCUUAAAGGCUGCUGUAACAAGACUUAAAGAGCACUAGCCAGCCAAAAUUUGUUUUCAUUUAAAUUUUAAAGAAUGAUUAUGCUAUGGAAUCUUGAAAAUACAAUCUAUGAAACUUUUAUACUAAAAUUAUUGCAGCCUUUCAUAGUCAGCUGAUGGAAAUGGAUGCUUUUUACUUCUCACUACAUUUCAGUAUUUUGCUUUUUGAUGACAAAAUGACAGCUGACAAAGAAUCUUUAAAGGUGAUACUUUUUCUCAACCAAAUUUAAUUCUAUAAUCAAUUAGAAUUUCUUUUAAUGUAAGAGAAAUGCAAUGUAUUAUGUGGGGAGUGUGACCUUUAAGUAAGAUAACCUAACUUAACUAUGGUGAAGAAUAUAGUACCAGAAAUGGGAAGUUCUAAUUUAGUUGCCUACAGGAAAGGUAGACUAUAGUAGUAGCUACUAAAAUACUAGUCAAGUGAUUUUCUGGACAGUAAUAUUUAUCUUUUCUUCCGAAAAGAAAAAACACUCGGCAUUCUUGGCCAGGCAGUGCUAUGCAGUUUGUAAACCAUAUUGGAAGUCUGCCUUAUCUUUGUCUUGUGGCCAACUGAGCACUUUUGAGCUCUGUGUGCAAGAUGAUUUACUCAUUAUUGCAAAUAGUUUCGAUUUAUGUACUUGAUUUAUUGGAGUUGUGAGUCAGAUUAGAAGUAGAAAAUAAUUAGUUUUGUUAAUUUCAAUUUAGGUCUAUAUUUUAUCUAAAAACGUGAAAUACAACUGGAACUAUACCUA